AUUUCAUUGUUUUAAAUUUUUAAUUAUAUAUCUAUAGGUUAGGAUUUAGUCGCCUCCGCCUCAUCUCCCAUUUUUACUUUUUUUUUUUAAAAAUUUCAUUUUUCUUGUUCCAAAUCCUCACUUCCUGAAUCCAGAUUCCCUUCUAUCCAUCCACCUAUUCGCCAUAAAGAGCUGACGAAUUUGUUUUCUUGAUUGGGGUGCGUCCUAGGGUUUCAUCCCUCUUUUCCUAUCUAGGGUUUGUCGCGGAAGAAAUUUUAGGUGAGCCAAGCUAUGGCGGCGAAUGGGCAGGGGAUAGAGCCUGCCUUGUUGGAUGACAUAAUUAAUCGCUUGCUCGAGUUCCGCAAUGCGCGGACUGUGCGUCAGGUGCAGCUCUCCGAGAAUGAGAUCCGUGCUCUCUGUACCACGUCGCGUGAAAUCUUCCUCUCUCAGCCUACUCUUCUCGAGCUAGAAGCUCCGAUUAAGAUAUGCGGUGAUAUUCAUGGGCAAUAUGGAGACCUUCUACGGCUAUUCGAAUAUGGGGGAUUUCCACCAGAGGCCAAUUAUUUGUUUUUAGGAGAUUAUGUGGACCGCGGCAAACAGAGUUUAGAAACUAUAUGCCUUCUUCUUGCCUACAAAAUCAAGUAUCCUGAGAAUUUCUUUCUCUUAAGAGGAAAUCAUGAAUGUGCUUCCAUCAAUAGGAUAUAUGGAUUCUAUGAUGAAUGUAAACGUCGAUUCAAUGUUAGACUGUGGAAAGUUUUUACUGAUUGUUUUAACUGCCUUCCUGUGGCAGCUCUUAUAGAUGAUAAAAUACUCUGUAUGCAUGGUGGGCUUUCUCCCGACCUGACAAACUUGGACCAAAUAAGAAAUUUACCUCGUCCGUCUGAUGUCCCAGAUGCUGGUCUGCUUUGUGAUUUGCUUUGGUCCGAUCCCAGUAGAGAAAUGAAAGGUUGGGGAAUGAAUGAUAGGGGAGUCUCAUACACAUUUGGUGCUGAUAAGGUCGCUGAAUUUUUGAUGCAGCACGAUAUGGACCUCGUGUGUCGUGCUCACCAGGUUGUAGAAGAUGGAUAUGAAUUUUUCGCCGAUAGGCAGCUAGUUACUAUAUUUUCUGCUCCCAACUAUUGUGGCGAAUUCGACAAUGCUGGUGCCAUGAUGAGUGUUGAUGAGAGUUUGAUGUGCUCUUUUCAGAUUCUGAAACCAACUGAUAGAAAGCGGUUCUUGUAAAAGCUAGUACGAUAACACCUGUCCCAGUUCUCCUUGACUGCCCAGGUUUUUUCAUUGGCAUUUGGUUGCUUCUUAUUCAAGUAUUGAUCAUGUGGACCGUCUUUAACUUUUUCCCCACAAUUGUACAUCAUAUGCUCUUUUGCCAUCUACAGAGGUUCUCGAUCAUCUGUGCCCCUCAGAAGAAGCCAGCUGCUUAAUCUGUGCAGAAUGUAGAGAUGUGAGCAUUCCAGUGCCAUCCGGGAUGAAUUAGGUGAUCUUGUUCGUCACUGUCCUGAGGUUUUCCGGAAGGACUUAUUUCGUAAGCUCUGUAUUUUUAAUUUUCAUCGACUUUUUUUUCUUUAAUUUUCUCUAUACGACUUUAUGAUUUGGCUGUGUAUAUACACUUCUAUAUAUCGUAAUUACAAUUGUAGAUUGUUGCUGGUUUUGUGAA